AUGGUGAUGGAGGAACUCAAGCAGAAGAGAUGGACUAACGGCAAGGAGGCUGUGCGAGCAAUCAAUGAUGUCGCACUAGACACAAGGGAAGUCUUUUACGUACCACUGGUUGCAAUAAUGACGAUCCUCAAGGACGAUGAGCUCGAGAUAAAUUGGACAUCAGGGGCUGUAGAUCCUUCUGAUAAUGAGAGUACUAAAUCUGCUGGUAGCGGGGACGAGUUCGAGGAAGAGACAGAGCUGGAAUUGGUAUCAGGCAUCAAGCGUAGCCGCAAAGAUGAAAAGGGCGAAAUAAUGAACAGUGGAGACGAUAAGAACGUUGUCAAGAAGCAAAAGGCGAAAGAACAAGCUUACACAUGA